CCAGGAACAAAGAGACGAUCCAGGCAAUGCUAGCGCUUCUCAACUGCCAGCACUGUAGCGACGACAGACUACUUAUAACCAUUGCGCUUCUUACCACAAUGAACCUGCUGCCCUGGUACGCCUCCGCAGCGGCCUUGACGGGCGCAAUUGCCCCUGGCGCGGGCACCGACCAUGUCUUGAAAACGAGUGCGAGCGCCCAUGGAAGCCCCACGUCAAGCAUGCCAGCGUCGCCAAGCCACGACCAGCCCUGUCCUCGACAAGCAAAACAACAAGUCUUGCGCGAACUGCACCCUGUGCAGCGGCUCAUAACGUUACUUUCUGCGAGGCUCAAGGGCCUGGAGCAGCACAAUGCCUAUUUGGGCCUCGGCUUGGGCUUGGGCUUUGGCGCGGGAGCGGGAGCGGGAGCGGGAGCGGCGCAGCCACAGUCUGCGCUGAAAGAGCCAGAACGCAGCUAUCAGGGCCGCAGACGCAUGAUGCACACGAUGCCUGGGCAGGCGGGUUUUGGCGACGCAGCACUGAUGAUGCCCAUCUCGCCCCGGGCACUCGAGGCGCUGGAAAUGGAUGCCCGAAGUAGUCUCGGCUUCUUAUCGGCAGCUGUGAGGAAUGCGCUCAAGGAAAGCUGAUCAGCAGCCAUGGUGUGCUAGUGCAUUGGUAUGGUGUCAGGCGCUGGGUCUGUUUCAUCGCUUUCUUUUGGUUUGGUGCUCUGUCACGGCACUUGCUCUUUUUCCUGUGUAUGUUUUCCUGCGGCUACGCCGUAGUCUUGUGCAGGGGUGUAGCAUGAUGGAUAUCCUCUGGCAAUGUUCAUUGGCUUAGUAUGUGUAUCCCUAGCAGAAUAUCAAUGGCGCGACGGCGCAGGCAGUGUCAACGAG